GCACAGCAUCGAUUUGUCUUGUUUUACGCUCAACACCACCUUUUAUAUGAGGUUGACUUUUAACUUCUCGGAAACUCAUUGGAAUUGACAUGGGAAGAAUAAGAGAAAGAAGCGUUUCCCCAUCAUCCCGAAGAAGACAACGAUCGAGGUCGCGAGACAAAAUUCGUGAAAGAUCUCGUUCAAGAGACAGAAGUAGACGCGACCGGGACAGAGAUCGUGGAAAAGCGGAUAAGGAUCGUGAAAGGGAUAGAGAAAAACCCCGUGAUAGAGAUAGAGACCGUGAAAAGCAAAGCAAGUCAAAUCGUGAGUACGAGAGAGAUCGUGAACGCAGAAAAAGAUCAGUGAGCAAGGAUAGAAGGACAAGAAAAUCUAAAUCACGAAGUCGUUCCAGAUCCAGAGAAAAGCCUGCCAAAUUAGUCACGAGGAAACCAGUGACAUCACAAGAAUUUAUUGAUCCUACAGAAGAAGAAGCUGAAAUGAUGAAACUAAUGGGUUUUGGCAGUUUUGAUACUACCAAAGGAAAACAUGUCCAAGGCAAUGAAGAACCUUUGCAUGGGACUGUUCAAGUUGUUUUAAAACGCAAAUAUAGGCAGUACAUGAACAGGAAAGGAGGGUUUAAUCGACCCCUUGAUCCAAUCGCUUAAUUGAAAAUUGAAUAAACAGGUUUUUGUGAUA